GCUUGCCCGGUCCCCCCUCCCGCUUUCCUGCGCCGCGAUCAGCCUCGGCUCGGCGCCGCUCCUGCCCAAGGCCGGCCUGGCACCAUGAGAUCCAUCCCUGCUCCCGGGAUCCGCUUCAUUCGCUCUUUCCCCAGGGACAGCUGGUAUCGAGGACUAAUUCUCCUACUGACAUUCCUGUGCUAUACCAGCUACCAUCUCUCACGGAAACCGAUCAGCAUUGUAAAGAGUCAACUGCAUUAUAACUGCUCCUUGAAAGGAGCCAAUCCACACAAUGAUUCAAACAGUACCACAUGGUGUGACUGGAAGCCUUUUGAUCAGGACAACUAUAAGGAACUCUUUGGAGCCCUGGAUAAUGCCUUCCUGGUUGCCUAUGCUAUUGGAAUGUAUAUCAGUGGGAUUUUCGGCGAACGCCUCCCCUUGCGCUACUAUCUCUCUGGAGGGAUGCUGCUGAGUGGAUUAUUCACUGCCUUAUUUGGACUGGGAUACUACUGGCAAAUCCAUUACCUUUGGUACUUUGUGAUCAUACAGGUCUGCAAUGGUCUGGUGCAAACAACCGGCUGGCCAUCCGUUGUGACAUGUGUUGGAAACUGGUUUGGAAAAGGGAAACGGGGCUUGAUCAUGGGCAUCUGGAAUUCGCACACAUCCGUAGGAAAUAUCUUGGGGUCCUUGAUCGCAGGCGCUUGGGUUUCACAGGCCUGGGGCUUGUCAUUCAUCGUUCCUGGGAUCAUCAUUGCCACUAUGGGAGUCAUCUGCUUCUUGUUCCUCAUUGAAUAUCCAGAAGAUGUUGAGUGCAGCCCUCCCCUUCACCAUGCCAGUUCAGAGGAGAAAGGCCUUGAGGCAGAACAUUCCAUUGGCGACGGGAGCCUGAACGUAUCCAGCAAUAGCAGAGAUAACAUCAUUGUUGCGGUAGAAAAUACAAAAGAAUCAACAGAGGGACCAGAAGCCAUCAGUUUCUUUGGCGCUCUCCGGAUACCUGGAGUGGUGGAGUUCUCCUUUUGCCUUCUGUUUGCGAAGCUGGUUAGCUACACUUUCCUCUACUGGCUGCCCCUUUACAUCGUGAACGUUGCUCAUUUCAGCGCUAAGAAGGCUGGAGACAUGUCCACUCUUUUUGAUGCUGGCGGCAUCAUUGGUGGCAUCCUUGCAGGUCUUAUCUCUGACUACACUGGCGGCAGGGCCACCACGUGCUGUGUGAUGCUCAUUUUAGCAGCACCCAUGUUAUUUCUGUACAACUACAUUGGCCAAAAUGGACUCGCUACAUCAAUAGUGAUGCUAAUUAUCUGUGGAGGCCUGGUCAAUGGGCCUUAUGCUCUCAUUACAACAGCAGUGUCAGCUGACUUGGGCACCCAUGAAUGUCUCCAAGGAAAUGCAAAGGCCCUCUCCACUGUUGCAGCUAUCAUCGAUGGGACAGGAUCUGUAGGUGCUGCUCUUGGACCCCUGCUGGCAGGGCUGAUCUCUCAAUCAGGCUGGGACAACGUCUUCUACAUGCUGAUUACGGCUGACAUACUGGCUUGUCUGCUCCUUUCCCGUGUGGUAUACAAAGAAAUACGAGGAUGGUGUGGUUGCUACACAAGAAAGAGAGGCUUUAAGGAAUUUUGACACCACUCCUGAAGCCAGAGGAGCCUGAAGACACAACAGGGGCGAGCUUUGCAGGGAGGGUCAAGUCCUGUUGGCCCUCCUAACUCCAUGGCAGGAGAAAUGAACAAAGCUGAAACGGAGCGGAUGCCAGAAACAAAGAGGACUCUCUUGGAAACACCAGCCGAGCCUGUCACCAGCUGCACUUAUUUUUAAAGGGAUGGAAGGGAGCAUAACUCAGGGUGCGAUCACACAAGAGAUUUGGCCUGACCUAGCCACACCUCCCAUUCACAUUUAAUGUGUGCCAUCACAUGCACGCAUCUGCCCCCUGGGUCCUGCCCAUACCUACCUUGUCUUAGGGCAGGCUGGGACCAGAUUAAAUAGUCACUGGGAACUUCCCUGUAGCAAACCUCUAAAAUGUACAUUUGAAUGGCCAGGCACACAAUGCACCCCCGCAUGUGCAUGAGCAGUCUAAAUGCUCCUCUUGCACGUGUGUGGCCUGUGCCUCUUCUGGCAGCAGGGCGGGGCCUGUGUGAAUGCCGUGACACAGAUCAAAGAGAACUGAUUUUUUUCAGAGCCGGGAUACUGUCGUGCCAAGUCUCUUGUGUGAUCACACCCAUAGUGUCUACACAAUCAGAAGCAGAAAGGAACAGAUGUUUGGGGGAUUCAUGCUGCAUCUUGAGGCCUCUGUUUUGUAGCAACUGCAGGUUGCACUUCUUUUUGUUAUUUUUAUAUUAUUAUUAAAAUUGGUGUUGAGCCAGUGGAA